AUGCAGAGGAACCUCAGUGGCCCUAACAGGGCGGCGCCCCUAGUGGCCCCUCCAGAUGUAGCAGUGCCCCAGAGUGCUUCCCAGAGGCUCUUUCAGAGGAUGUCUGGUCACCCUGGCUACAAGUAUCACCUUGGCUGCAAGUGUCACCCUGGCUACAAGUAUCACCCUGGUUACAAGUAUCACCCUGGCUACAAGUAUCACCCUGGUUACAAGUAUCACCCUGGUUACAAGUAUCACCCUGCCUACAAGUAUCACCCUCGCUACAAGUAUCACCCUGGUUACAAGUAUCACCCUGGUUACAAGUAUCACCCUGGCUACAAGUAUCACCCUGGUUACAAGUAUCACCCUACAAGUAUCACCCCACAAGUAUCACCCUGGCUAAGCAAGUAUCACCCUGGUUACAAGUAUCACCCUGGCUACAAGUGGUCACCCCGGCCACAAGUAUCACCCUGGCUACAAGUAUCACCUGGCUACAAGUAUCACCCUUGGUUACAAGCAUUCUGCCAUAAGUAUCACCUCACACAAGUAUCACCCUGGCUACAAGUAUCACCCUGGCUACAAGCAUCACCCUGGUUACAAGUAUCACCCUGGCUACAAGUAUCAAUCUUGUUACAAGUAUCACCCUGGCUACAAGUAUCACCCUGGUUACAAGCAUCACCCUGGCUACAUCACCCUGUUAAGGCAUCACCCUGGCUACAAGUAUCACCUGGUUACAAGUAUCACCCUGGCUACAAGUAUCACCCUGGCUACAAGCAUCACCCUGGCUACAAGUAUCACCCUGGUUACAAGUAUCAAUUUGGCUACAAGUAUCACCCUGGCUACAAGUAUCACCUGGCUACAAGUAUCACCCUGGCUACAAGUAUCACCCUGGCUACAAGUAUCACCCUGGCUACAAGUAUCACCCUGGCUACAAGUAUCACCCUGGCUACAAGUAUCACCCUGGCUACAAGUAUCACCCUGGCUACAAGUGUCACCCUGGCUACAAGUAUCACCCUGGCUACAAGUAUCACCCUGGCUACAAGUAUCACCCUGGCUACAAGUAUCACCCUGGCUACAAGUAUCACCCUGGUUACAAGUAUCACCCUGGCUACAAGUCACCCUGGCUACAAGUAUCACCCUGGUUACAAGUAUCACCCUGGCUACAAGUAUCACCCUGGUUACAAGUAUCACCCUGGUUACAAGUAUCACCCUGGCUACAAGUAUCACCCUGGCUACAAGUAUCACCCUGGCUACAAGUAUCACCCUGUCUACAAGUAUCACCCUGUCUACAAGUAUCACCCUGUCUACAAGUAUCACCCUGGCUACAAGUAUCACCCUGGCUACAAGUAUCACCCUGGCUACAAGUAUCACCCUGGCUACAAGUAUCACCCUGUCUACAAGUGUCAAGCUCAUGUGAUCCUCUCCUUCGCUGUACUUCCCGGGCUGAUGCUAUCAAACUCACUACCCGAAACACAGUGCUCUUCAACAGUGGGAACAGACAGACAGACAGACAGACAGAUUCACUUAAACCUAGUGAAAGUUGAUAAAGGUUCCAUGGAUCACGAGGCUCUACGGCUCUGGAUCACGAGGUUCCAUGGAUCACGAGACUCCAUGGACUACAAGGCUCCAUGGCUCUGGAUCACGAGGUUCCAUGGAUUACGAGACUCCAUGGGUCACCACGGAUCAUAA